AUGUCAAAGAAGAAUCUUGUUUUAAAAAGCGCAAAUGGCAUGAUUUUUGAGGUUGAAGAACCGGUGGCCCUACAGUCUGAGACUAUAGCCUACAUGAUUGAAGAUGACUUUGCCAGCAACGUAAUCCCUCUUGCCAACAUCACAGGCGAUAUCCUCACUUUGGUGAUUGAGUAUUGCAAGAAACACGUCAUCAUCGCCAAUGGUGAUGCUCAUUUCCUCAACAUCAAAACCCUUCUUGAUCUCACUUGUCAGUUUGUCGCUGAUACGAUGAUCAAAGGUAAAACUGUUGAGGAGAUUCGUAGGAAUUUAAACAUCGAGAAGGAUUACACAUCCGAGGAAGAAGCAGAGCUUCGCCGAGAAAACGUAUGGGCUUUUAAAUGA